GUCGAUUGACAACGACAUCGAGUAUUACCCGAUGCCGGCAAAGUUCGCCAUGCGUAGCCCCCAUGCGGAUGUCCUUAUCGGCGGGGAUCCAGGGGCAAGUUCAUGAUGUGCUUCAAAUUGGGAUGGCGAUAUAAGGCUUUAAGGGUGAUAGACCUAUGCGGAGCGAUGUCGAAUUGUUGUUGCAUCUGCCUAUCAUUCGCUGGAGCGCGCCGAGAGAUGAUGGCGAAAUCAUGGCCCACCCUUCCAUCAUUUGUUUGACUCUCGGACUCUCCUAUGCCAGCC